CCAGUUUAUGUCAGCUCCUCGUACCCCUCAUUAUGCUGCAUUAGUUCGUAUCCUUCGUUAUCUCAAAGGUACCUUGUUUCAUGGACUUCAUUAUUCUGCCCGCUCUUCUCUCCAGCUUCGUGCUUUUUCCGAUGCUAAUUGGGUUGGGGAUCUUACUGACCGGCGCUCUACUACCGGCAAGAAACAAUCUCUUACUGCUCGCUCCAGUACCGAGGCUGAAUAUCGUGCUCUUGAUGAUACUACUCAGGAGCUUCUCUGGCUUCGUUGGCUUCUUGCUGACAUGG